AUGUGUAGCUAUACCGUAUUACCACCUCAUUUCGCGGAUGUAAAUUAUCAUCGGCGUUGUGGGAUUCAUGUACAGACAUUAUUGCUAUGUCAUCAACCGAUCACUUUACUUGUUAUCAUAGCAGCCAUUUCAAUUGGUAUUAUUUUAUUAAUCAAUCCAAGUCUUCAUCAUAAAUCUCCAUUAUAUAAGCAAUUUUUUCAACAUUAUGCACGUGUGAGAGCCAGUCAUUAUACAUUACUGUAUCGGAUAGCUAUAGCUUUAUGGAUCGGUGUACAUAUUGUUCAUGUAAUUACUGUUAUUACCAGUAUUUUAGCCACACGAGUAAACUUAAUUUUUAUUUAA